AUGGAUGUCAGAUCGCAGGAGCAGAUCACCGGCACGCGCAUGUCAUGGAAUAUUUGGCCCAGCACCAGGCUGGAUGCAACCCGUGUCAUUGUGCCGCUGGGCUGCCUGUACACCCCUCUGAAGGAGACAGAAGGCCUUCAACUGGUGGAGUAUGAGCCUGUGAUUUGCAAGGGGAGAGACUGCGGAGCUGUACUCAAUCCUUUUUGUUACGUGGACUUCCACUCCAAGAGUUGGACGUGCCCAUUUUGUCACACUCGAAACCGUUUUCCUCAGCAUUAUGCAGAUCACAUAACGGAGACAAAUCUACCGGCAGAGCUCUUGCAGAUGUGCUCUACCAUCGAGUAUAUCAUCCCAUCUGUCGCCUGCCAGCCGCCUGUCUUCUUGUUAGUCUUGGAUACGGCGCUCAUCGAAGAAGAGCUGGACCAAGCAAAGGACUCGCUGCAGCAGUCGUUGGCCAUGAUGCCGCAGAAUGCCUUGGUCGGGUUUAUCACCUUCGGUGCGAUGUGCUACGUCCACGAGCUGGCCUCCACGACGCUGCCCAAGGCCUAUGCCUUCCGCGGUGGAAAAGAGUACACCGCGCAGCAGGUGGCCUACCAGCUGGGCUUUGCGUUGAAAAAUGAUCCCAGAGGGACCAUGGGGGCGCAAGCAGCAAGGAGAUUCCUGCUUCCAGUUGCAGAUUGUGAGUUCACGUUGAACUCCUUGCUUGACGAUCUUUCCAGAGAUGCGUGGCCACUGGGAGGGCACGAUCGACGACCUUACAGGUGCACGGGAGCCGCUCUGAGCGUGGCUCUCGGAUUGGUGGAGGCCACGUGCCCGCAGGGAAGCGUGCGCGUCACGCUGCUCGUGGGCGGCCCGUGCAACGUCGGCCCUGGCAUGGUCGUUGGAGAGGAGCUUGCAGAGACCAUUCGAUCUCAUCUAGACCUUCAGAAGGAGACGCCGAAUGCCAAGCACACGAAGAAGGCGUUGAAAUUUUACGCCUCGCUUGCCUCAAGGGCUGUAGCUUGCGGCUUCGCAGUCGACAUUUUUGCGUGCUCUCUGGACCAGGUCGGUCUCUAUGAGAUGAAGGUAAUUUCUGACAAAACUGGUGGAUACAUGGUAAUGAGUGACUCCUUCAGCAUGCAUGUCUUCAAGGACUCGUUCCGAAAGAUUUUCGAGCCCGAUGAGACGGGUUACCUGAAGCUUGGCUUCAAUGCCAAGAUAGAGGUCUUCACCUCGAGAGAGUUCAAAUGCUGUGGCGCAGUAGGCGGCUUGUCGUCUCUGGGCAAGAAAGGGCCCUGCGUCGCAGAGACUGAAAUUGGUGAAGGCAAUACAUGCCAGUGGGUUGCAGGCUCCCUUGACCGCAACACCACGAUCGGCUUCUACUUCGACAUCGCCCAGGCCGCCACGGCAGCAGCGGGCAAGCAAGCCUUUUUGCAGUUCCAGACUUGCUACCUGCAUCCCUCGGGCAGGAAGCGCCUCAGGGUAACCACGGUGUCUCAUCGCUUCACAGAUGCACAGAUGAGCGACAUCCAGCAAGGCUUUGACCAGGAGGCUGCAGCAGUGCUAAUGGCCCGCUAUGCGGUCUUCAAGUGCGAGAACGAGGAUCCCUUGGAUGUGCUUCGCUGGGUGGAUCGCAUGCUGAUCCGUCUUGUCUCGAAGUUUGCUGACUAUCGCAAGGACGACCCCUCGAGUUUUCACUUGAGCCCCGAGUUGUCCAUCUUCCCUCAGUUCAUGUACCACUUGCGGCGGAGCAACUUCCUGCAAACGUUCAAUGCCAGCCCGGACGAGACAGCCUAUUAUCGAAUGCUGAUCCUGCGGGAGAACACCAUGAACUCCCUUGUCAUGAUCCAGCCCGCUUUGCUGCAGUACUCCUUUGACGAGGGCCCGCCUCAACCUGUGCUGCUGGAUGCGACUUCCCUCAAGCCCAACGUGAUCCUGUUGCUGGAUGCCUUCUUCCACGUCGUGAUUUGGCGAGGUGAGAUGAUCCAAGCCUGGUAUGAUGCAGGAUACCAGGAGAAGGAGGAGUAUGCAAAUUUCAAGGCAUUGCUGACAGCGCCCGCAGAAGAUGCCAAACACAUCCUUGCGGAUCGCUUCCCUGUGCCAAAGUUCAUUCAGACCAACGCGGGUGGAUCCCAAGCGCGGUUCCUUACUUCCAAGGUAAAUCCUUCUCAGACGCACAACUCUGGACCGGGUUGGGGCGGUGGGUCCGACUCCUCUGUGGUCAUCACGGACGACGUGUCCUUGAAGGUUUUCAUGGAGCAUCUGAUCAGGCUGGCCGUCCAAUCCUGA